GUCUUAUCACAUGACGAUAAGAUAUUAAUGUGCUAUCGGUGUUUUCAUUCAUUUAUUUGAUGAAAACUCAUACAAAUCAAUCAGUAAUCAACAAGUGCUAACAACAGCAAUACCUCGUUCUCGUACAUAACAAUUAGAAAAUGCGUUGUUUUCUCGGUUCCGCUUUGGUUAUUUUGAACUUUUUCGUCGUUUCUAAAGCUACUGCAGUGGUGAGAUGUGCGUACACUGAAGAUAAUAUUUAUGAAGAAUAUCGCUGCGACAUCGAAUUUUCCAACAUUACGAGUGAACAUGAGCCGCUAGUAAUUGAAGGAAGCCAUUUGAAUGGAAGGAGUGACAAAGACGUGAUGUAUCUAACCACAGCGUGGAGAGUCACUCUCCCUGUGUUGCCUGAAGCUAUUUUCAACAAAUUUACCAACGUCAGACAUGCAGUUUUGUCCGAUAUGGAAUUGAAAGAAGUAAGCGCAAAUUCCUUUAGAGCCUGUGACGCAGCGGUUUACAUACAUCUUGGCAAUAAUGACCUCACUAUAAUUCCAUCACGUGCAUUUCAAAACUGCAAUAGACUAACCAAUUUGCAGCUGUACAUGAACAAUAUCUAUUGGAUUAGCGAUGCGGCCUUUACAGGACUAGAAAAUCUAAUAACCCUGGACAUAUGGAUAAAUCAACUGACAGAAAUCAGCGAAAAUCUUCUAAAAUCAUUGGUAAGCCUGACGUCUAUCGAUUUCUGGGACAAUCAAAUCAGCUAUAUUCAUCCAGAUGCAUUUGAUGCAAUGACACAGCUAAGAUCGUUACGAUUGUCAAGUAACCGAUUGGAGACAAUUAACAGUCAGUGGUUCAAGAAAUUCGAGCGGUUGACGAGUUUAAGUUUGGAUGGAAAUCGAAUCACUUCGGUGUCGCCUUCUAUGUUCGAAAAUUUGAGUACCUUGCUGUAUUUACAACUGCGGGACAAUGGUCUGCACACAAUUGCACCGAACAGCUUCUCGACGUUAAGCAAUCUCGGAUCACUAAUUCUAUACAACAACAGUUUGUCUGUCCUUGAUGACAGCACAUUUGUUGGUUUGGGCAACGUGACUACUAUAUAUUUGCAACAAAAUUCCAUCAAGAACGUAACUGCUGAACUCUUUGAUCCAUGUGUUUCACUGAAUUCUUUAGAUUUGUCGUCAAAUAAUUUGACGAGCAUUGGAUUGGAGGUUUAUAGUAAGCUACCGACAGUAAAACGACUUUACCUGUCGUACAACAAUUUGGGAAAUUUCCUAAAUUCGCAAAUCUUUGAACAUUUCAUAAAUUUGACACUAUUGGAAAUCUCUGGCAUGGGAAUUACCGAAAUUCCACAGGGAACAUUUACUGCUCAGACGAAUUUAUUUUCGCUCCUGAUGGACAACAACCAAAUACGACGAUUGAAUUCUGAUUCAUUCGGGCAUUUACCUUUGCUGGACGAGUUAAGUAUUGCCACAAAUGGCUUGGCAGAAAUUCAGAGAAAUUUCUUCGAAAAUUUCCCCAGUCUGAGGUAUCUUGGCACACUGCGAAACGAAUGCGUUGAUAUAGGUUUCAACAUCAUAAAUCCAUUCAGCAAUCAGAGUUUGGCUUAUUUUGAGAAAUGUUUUGAGAAUUGGGAAACACCGGGAACCACACCGGGUACCACAGCCGAACCGCCAGUAACAGAUAGUUCAGCGACGUCAUCAUUGGGUAUGUGCACCUUAUCAACAAUUACGUUAGCAGCCGUUUUUUAUUUGUGUGGCGAAUUUCUCCAUAAGUUCCAUUGUUAGUCAUUGCAAAAUGUUUGCGAAAAUAAAUUUGUUGUCGAAAGUCGCGGAGUUCCCUCAAGUGGUUUCGUGACAGAUAUUAAAAAAGUGUGAAAUC